AUGAACAAAACAAAUUACUCAACCAAUUCAAGCACUGAAUCAAUCUACUCAGACACAAUCACAGUAUACACGCCAAAGGGAGUCAGUGCAAUGAGGGUGGAGAUCACAAGGCAUCCAGCACAGGUUGAGGUGCGUCUGGUCGAGAAGAGCAACCUCUUUACUGUCUACCUCUGUACUAUCACCCAUGGUGACUUCUACCUUUAUAAGAAGGAGCAAGACAUUCUGGUUGGAUACGACAGGUUUCUGCCUGUGUUGGUGCGACUGUUCUACGGCGUAGCAAGGGGCGGAGGCGCCUUGAGGGCCGUGGUAGCAGAAGAAGGAGAAAAGGGAUUUGUUCUACGAUUUGUGGAACAGGGUGACUUCAGAAACGUGGAGAAGUUGACACUUAAGUUUAAUAAGCCAGAAGAGCACCAAUAUAGGGCGUAUUUGGGCAGUUUGUUACGGAAGAUGGAGGAAGACAAUAUUAGACUUAUUAAGGAGAAGAAGCAGGUUCAGGAGCAGAGGGAGCAUGAAGAACGAGGAAGAAGGGAGAAAGAAGCGUAUUUGGAUGAGGAGAAUUCGGAGAUGAAGAAGAGACUGGAAGUUGUAGGAGGAGAGUUGGCAGCAUUGGAGAGGAAGUACGAGGAGGAACAGGAGGAGUUUGGUAGGGCACGAGCACAGAGAGGAGAACAGGAGAGGGAGAAUGCACAGUUGCGAUUUGAGUUGGAGCAGUUUAAGAAGGGAAACUACAAGGAAAGGGCACAGGAGUUGGAAGAGGAGAAUGAGAAGAAGAUGGAGAAGAUACGCGAAUUGGAGGAAGAGGCAAGUGGGCUGAAGGAUGAGAAUAGGCGACUGAAUAAGACAAAUAGGGAGAUAGCAGAGAAGAUGGAGAAGGAGUUUGGGACGAAGGUCGAUGUGGCAGACAUAAAGAACAAGGUGGUUCACAUGGAGACGAAGAUGAGGGGACUGAGAAACGAGUUGAAGGAGAAGAAGGAGCGGAUUGUGGUGUUGGUGACAGAGAAGAAGGCACUUGCAAAGCAGCUUGACAGUGCCCAGAAUGUCUACAACCAUUUUUAUGGGAAGAAGGUCGAUGAGGAUGAGAAGAAGGACAUGGGAAACAUCUCAUUUGAGCCAGAGAAUCCACCAAGUUAG